AUGUCGGCACACCCCACUGCAAUUCCACCUGGUGAGGAUGAGCACUCUAGCUCGCCAUCAUCUCAGAAACCUGUUGGUCUAUUGCAACUUGAUGAUGUUUACGACAGAAUUGUUGGUUCACACGGACUCUGGCAAGUCAUGAUUGUCAUUCUCGUCUGCUUCUCAACGUGUUCUGUGGCCACUUUUUCCGUUUACGCAAACGCCGUACCUCGUUCUCGGUGUAAAAUGGAGUUGGAGGUGGAGAAGUCCCUUGCGGAGCGUGCUGUAAGCUUUCACGAAGCUGCAACGCUAAUAGGACCCUGGCCUGAGGAUCCAAAUGACGAAGGCCUACAUCAGGGUCGGCAAGGAUGUCGGCGUUACAAAAGGAGCGGCCGAGGAACUAACUUGCAGAAACUUCCCGGGAAUAGCAGCACGGAGGCCUGUCCUCAUGGACAUGUGUUUGAUCCAUGGGAGCACCAGUAUCCGAGCAGCAUUGUGGCCGAAUGGGACCUCGUCUGCGAUGGAGCUUGGAAAGUACCCUUCAGUACGUCAAUGUACAUGGUCGGAAUGAUGAUAGUAUCGCAGGGGGUUAAGUUAGUCUAA